AGUGAGAUCUAAUCCCUUUGCUCUUUUUAGUGACAGGAGAUUUCUGUUUCUUGUCCUCUACUGCCCUUCCUCCCUUUUUUUUUUUUCUUUGGGUUUUUUUAGCUCCAUCCCCAUCUCUGCUUUGUUUGCUUCUCUGUGAGAGAAAGAUAUAUAGAGAGAGAUAGAGGGAGGGGAGGUGGGUACUUGGGAUUUUCCUUGGUACAGGUGAGAGAGCAUAUUAAAAGGAAGGGGAAUAGAUAUAGUUGAUGAUCACAUGGGAGCCUUUUUUGGUGUGUGACAGCUUCUGCUUUUGGGCUCUUCUCUGUGCCAUCCUUUUUUAUCUUCUCCCUCAUCAAACCACUUAAAACCUCAGAUGGGUGGUGGUGCCUGAGAAGAAAUUAAGAUCCCCCUCUCUUUCCUUUUCAUCUCUCAGGUCUUAUUCAUUCACCAUCUCUCUUCUCUUGGUUUUUUUUUUUUUCCUUCUCUUUUUCACAAGCAAGCACAUGCUCUGACCCUUCUCCAAUCCCUACACCAGACUCUAUUUUGUUGUAUAGCAAAAAAAAGGCUUCAUUGGAGGUACAAGCAGUUGUACCACUGUGCCCUGUUUUGCACCAGUAGCUGCUGAUUCUUUAUCCUCAUCAAACAGGGUGGUCACAGUAUAUAUAAUCUCGUUCAUCUCCUCCCCUGCUUCUUAAGUUCUUUAUUAGCAUCUCACACAGAUUCACACACACACACACACACACAUUUGAAUCCAUUUCCCCUCUCCCCACCAUGGAGUUUGCUCUGUUCUGCACCAAAGUUAACAUCCUCAUCCUCCUCCUGUCUCUCUCUGCUCCAUACAAGUUCAUCCAAAGUCCCAUGGACUUUGGCCCCCUGAACCUGCACCAGGCCACCAAAACAGCUUCCCUUGACUUUGGCAGGAUCCUCUUCAACUCCCCUUCUGCUGUUCUGAGGCCUCAGUCCCCUCAGGACAUCUCCCUCCUCCUCAGCUUCCUCUCUGCUUCAUCCUUCAGCAGAGUCACAGUUGCAGCAAGGGGAGCAGGGCACUCUGUUCAUGGCCAAGCACAGGCCCUUGAUGGCAUUGUCAUUGAGAUGGACUCUCUCCCCCCCAGCAUAGAAAUCCACAAGAAGAGUGAGGGGGAGGGGGAGCUCCUCUCCUAUGCUGAUGUGAGUGGUGGGGCUCUUUGGAUAGAGCUUCUGAGAGAGAGCUUGAAGCUUGGGCUUGCUCCAAGGUCUUGGACUGAUUAUCUGUAUCUUACCAUUGGUGGGACUCUCUCCAAUGGUGGGAUUAGUGGCCAAACCUUCAAACAUGGGCCUCAGAUUAGUAAUGUCCUUCAACUAGAAGUUGUGACAGGAAAAGGUGAGCUUGUGACAUGCUCACCCACCACAAACACAGAGCUUUUCAAUGCAGUUCUUGGUGGGCUGGGCCAAUUUGGCAUCAUUACUAAGGCAAGGAUCCUACUUCAAGAAGCCCCAGAAAAGGUGAAGUGGGUCAGAGCAUUCUAUGAUGAUUUCCACACCUUCACUAAGGAUCAGGAGAUGUUGGUCUCCAUGCCUCACUUGGUGGACUAUGUUGAGGGGUUCAUAGUUCUCAAUGAGCAAUCUCUUCAUGGCUCCUCCAUUGCUUUCCCUGCCCAUAUGGACUUCAACCCAGAUUUUGGCACCAAAGCAAGCCCCAAAAUCUACUACUGCAUAGAGUUUGCAGUCCAUGACUACAACAUGAAGGGCACCAAUGUGGAACAAGUUGUGGAGGAUGUAUCAAGGCAAAUGAGCUACAUGCCUUCUUGUAUAUACAGUGUGGAGGUCUCCUACUUUGAUUUCUUAAACAGGGUUAGGAUGGAGGAGAUGAGCUUAAGAGGGAGAGGGCUCUGGGAUGUGCCUCACCCUUGGCUCAACAUGUUUGUUCCAAAAUCUGGGAUUACCCAAUUCAAAGACCUUCUCAUGGACACCAUCUCACCAGAUAAUUUUGAGGGGCUUAUCCUUAUUUACCCACUUCUCAGGGACAAGUGGGGCACCAACACAUCAGUUGUGCUACCGGAGGCGCCGAGGGCGGACCGGGUAAUGUACGUGGUCGGCGUCCUCCGCUCCGCAAGCCCAGGCUCGGUCCACGAGAUCGUCCGUGGCCACCGCCGCAUCGCGGAGGCCGCAGGGGAGCUCGUCGGCGCGAAGCAGUACCUGGCCCACCAGCCGUCCCCCGCGAAGUGGCGUGGCCACUUUGGCCGGCGCUGGGACCGGUUCGCCGACCGCAAGUCGCGGUUCGACCCGAACUGCAUCCUCAGCCCGGGCCAGGGAAUAUUCCCAAGAGUCUACACUGCUACUUCAUUGCCCAUUUGAUAUAUAUAUAUAGAGUUGAGAUUACUGUUAAUAAUAUUUAUUUAUUUUUGCUAUUAUUUUUUUAACCGUUAAA